UAAAGCGCUGCUCGUGCAGGAGCAUUUAACUGUGCCUCAUUGUCCACAGGUUCAGACUGUGCGUGUGAUCCAUAAGGCAGUGUUUGAAAUGGAAAUAAAUAAUUUAAGCGCAUGCCUUCCUUGGAUAAGUUAGCUUUUUAUCAGGGUACCUUUCCAGAAUAUAACCCUGAUUCCCAUUACCUGUGGUCACCAAUGUUGGCGAAAAGUUGUUAGGGCAGACUUUCAAAUGAGUCAGCCAGAGGUUUUCUAAAUUCACAGAAGCAGCUGAGGACGAUCAGUCAACAUGAUCACCAGGGCUGGCCUGACCCAAUAAACAAACUAAACAAUUGUUUAGGGCCCCGCGAUUGUUUGGGGCCCCUGCACCUGACCCCCCCCAUCCCCCAUUAUUUUAAAUUUUUUUGCCCAUCAUUCACUGUAUUAACAGUAAUUAACAGUACACACAACCGUAUCAAUGAAACGUUGUAUGUUUAAUUUCGUAUAUUUUUCUAAAUUUCUUAUACCUAAUUUUGGAACGAGGAUGGAGUAUUUAAAAUUGUGUGGGUGCCGAGAGGAUGAUGCGUGCUGCGCGCAGCACUCUGCUGUUUACGUUUGUCAGCUGCCAGGAGCAGUAGCUAGGCAACAGACAUCCAGCCAUCAUGAAGCGAACAUACCCACCUGGAUCAGAGAAAAGAAAAAAAUUGAAGAGGAGAAAAGUAGUCGAGAAAAAGGUAAGCUGCAAUUAGUAAGCAUAUUGGUAUCUAUUGAUAUAAUUUUUAAACCACCACAACAGCAGCUGCAGCGACAAUGCUCUUCUUAGCUAGCUACGAACUUUAGCUAGCUAGCUAAUGUUUACAGAGGUCCUAAUGCUGUUUUCCCAAAUCAGACGAUCUGUGACCUCUUAAUACUGUUUGCUACUUUUUGUGUUUUUAAACCUUUCCAACCAGAGCGUUCAAAUUUAUUAUGUAUAUUUCAUACAAUCUAAGUUUCCCUCUAGCUUGUAAUUAAAAUGGUUGAAAAUGUAGUUGUCUGAUGAAGUAUUGUGGCUGGAGAAUAUUUUUGUAAAAAUUGCAGUGGAAAUUCUUAUUGAUAAAGGAUGAUUAGCCUUAAAUAAUCAUACAUAUAUUUAUAUCAUUUGAAAGCCCUAUUUCUUCUCUUCAAUAGGGUAUAUAGUUCAGGUGUGUGAUGUUAUAUGAAUAUAAUAUGAAUUUGUAUAUGAAUACCAUAUUUUGGCACAGAAAUAAAUUUUUGGAAUUUUGGGCUCAGGCUGGAAAGGGUUAAUUGUAAUGCUCCUUCCAUCCAUUUUUUGUAUGUAUAAUGUCCUUCUUCUCCUCAGGAGCACUAUUAAAGUAUUUCGGUACAGGACCACAAACCACCUCCACCGAUGACACUGCUAGUCCGUCAUCUUCAGCAGCUGUUGGUCAUUCUGGUGCUGCAGCAACUGUACAGCAUUCUGGUACAGAAAUGCCGACUGGUCUUAGUGGUACACAGGUACUCCCUCUCGAUACCUCCAGUGAGGAUGAAGCUGGUCCGUCAUCCCCAGGAGCUGCUGGUCAUUCUGGUGCUGCAGCAACAUUGACUGGUCUCCCUCACAAUGUCCCUACAUCUACUAUGACCGCAAGUUCAGCUCCGUCCUCUUCUCCCUCUGGUUCACCAAUUGAUCCAGCUGAUUGGCCAUCACACAUAACUGAUACAGUUAGGGUAGAUAUGGUUAUCAGUGGGCCAAUACAGGUUAACCAAGACUUUGUUUUUCCAAAAAGACAAAAUAGAGGAUUCCACCAUCGUUACAUGUUUAGGCCACUUGUUAAUGGGGAGAAAAUUAGACAUAGCUGGUUGAUGUAUUCAGAAAAUAAGGAUGCUGUAUACUGUUUUUGCUGUAAAUUAUUCACAAAAUUUGCAAAGCUUAAUACAGUGGGACAACAGGACUGGAUGAAUAUUGGGACGAUACUGGGGAUACAUGAAAACAGCACAGAACAUGUAAACAACUUAAAGGCUUGGAAGGAACUAGAGCUCCGUUUAAAAACAGGGAAAACAAUAGACCAAACCGAAAUUGACCUCCUGGAGGCAGAGAAGAGGAGAUGGAGAGAGGUGCUAAUUUGAUCAUUCAGUCUCUAGCAGAGAGAAACCUUGCAUUCAGGGGGUCUGUUGACACCCUGCAUUGCCACAAUAAUGGGAACUUUCUCAAAGAAAUGGAACUAAUAGCCAAGUUUGACCCGGUUUUAAAAGAGCAUAUCAGGCGCAUUGACAGUGGAGGGAAUUAUGUCACAUACUUAGGCAAAACCAUCCAAAAUGAGCUCAUCACCUGCAUCAGUGACUCAAUCCUAAAUACAUUGGUGGCUAAAGUAAAGAAGUCAAAAUAUUUUGCAAUUAUUCUGGAUUGCAUCCCAGACAUCAGCCACCAGGAGCAGAUGUCUGUCAUAAUCAGAACUAUCUGCUUAGACAAAACUCCUCAAAUCAAUGAACAUUUUCUUGGGUUCCUGAUAGCCCCUGAAUCUACAGGUCUUGGGUUAUCAAAUAGCAUUGAGCCUUUAUGCUUCCAUUCAGACAACGUCAGGGAUGCCUUACUUGAGGUCAGAGACGAGGCAAAAGAUCCAUCUGUGAGACACGAGGCCCAGUCUCUAGCUGAAGAAAUAGGAUCAUUCCGUUUCCAAAUAUGCACCGUUGUAUGGUAUGACAUUUUGUACAAGAUUACUAUUACAAGCAAGCAUCUUCAAUCUGAGAACAUGCAGCUGGACAUCGCGGUCAGUCUAAUAGACAAAACCAGAGCUCAGACCACAGCAAAAGAUCUCUGUGAAACAAUGAAUGUGGAGGCAGUGCUUCAACAAAAGAGGCUGAGAAGCACAAAGAGGCACUUUGCCUAGGAGGCAGCCGAUGAACCAGUGGCUGAUGCUAUGAAGAAACUGGAAACGGCCUACUUCAAUGUUAUGGUGGACAGUGGCAUCCAGUCUUUGGAUGACCGUUUCCAGUCUCUAGGAGAAGUACGAGAUAAAUUUGGAGUGCUCCUGAAUUUCCAACAUCUUGAUGACACCACCCUUGGAAACCAGUGUACACAGCUUGAGGAGACACUCACAUGUGGUGAUGCAUCUGACCUUGAUGGGAGAGAGCUAGUGAGGGAGAUCCAGAGCCUUCCAGACCUUCCAAAAUCAGAAAUGACAGCAAUGGAGCUGCUUACCUUUAUCCACCAAAAGGAGCUGUCUGAAUUGUACCCAAACCUCUGGAUAGCGCUGAGAAUAGCUUGCACUCCUCCAGUCACUGUCGCAUCUGCAGAGAGAAGCUUUUCCAAGCUGAAAUUAAUAAAGACCUACCUGAGGUCAUCCAUGGCUCAGGACUGGCCUAAGUGGACUGGCUAUUAUUAGCAUCAACCACGAAGUUGGCAACCAGAUGUGUUAUAAUGCUGUUAUAGAUGAUUUUGCCUCUAGAAAGACAAGGAAGCAGAAGUUCUGAGAGCCAGGCAACCCAUGGUUAUUACUAACGCCUAGGCCAUUGUCCUGGCUGUGAAGAGCCAUAUUGGGCUAUAGAGUUUUUAUCUCUAAUAUCUUAUACUUUUAUUGUACUUUUAUUGCACUUUGUUAAAUCUGCUCUUUGAAUUUGUUAAAUCUGCUUUAUCUAGAUAUAUUUAUAAAUAAUUGUGUUCCCUAAAACAAUGGCUUUUUGUUUAAUCUAAUGCAAAUCUAUUCUAUUCAUAGGCAAUGGGAGGCAGGGGGUAUCAUGUUUUGUUGUACUCUAGGGCUUACAUUGUGCCUGAUCGUCCCAUCAUUCGUGCUUCGUGCACAUCCUUUGGUUGGUUCUGAAACCUGUAGGGCCCAAUACACUAUUUUUGUUUAGGGCCCCCAAAACCCUAGGGCCAGCACUGAUGAUCACACAGGAAGUCGUUAUGUUGUUUCCAAAUCGUUCAAUUCCCUGACAUCAGCCCCAUUAUGCCGAGUUACUGACAAGAUCCAUCUCUCAUCAGACAUCAUUUUAUAAUACAUUUUAAAAAGUGUGAAUUUAUUGGUGUUUCAGGAUUUCUGUGUGAAAAUUUUUGUACGCAGGUCUUGUACACAAAUUAGUGUGAUGUGCUUCCAGAAAGCUUAAGAUAAUUAGUUUUUAUUGCAGUAUUUGACAUUGAACAAAGAAGUGAUUUGGAUAAACUGUUAGAAACAAAUUUGUAUUUUUGAUUAUUUAACAUUAAUUACAAAAAGUUCUUAGAAAGUAUAGUUUCGCUUUCAUAUAUCUAAUGCAGGAAAUGUAAUUUUGUCUAAUUAUGUCACAGAUUCAGAA